GUAAGAUGGUUUUUUGACCGAAAGACAGCGAAACCGAAGUCUGGGAAUUCCUCUCAGAGUCCACUGCAAAAAACAACAAAAAAGAGGAGGAAGAGAACAAAAGAGAGAGUUAAGAGAGGUGAAAAGGAGAGUCCAGUCCCCACCCCACAACUACGACAGCCAUCACUAAUACAGAAGAAGCUUCCGACGUUUACUCCUAGAACGUUACAACCUGUGCUUUCCACUUUUCUCUGUUUGUGUCUGUUUCCGUGCUCUAGUUGUGAACCUUUUUGUUAUUACAGAGAAGGAUUUCUUACUGGUAGUUUUAGUUCUACAAGGUCUUUCAUGGCAGCAAACGAGGGAUACGACGAUGACCCUCUCGUUACUGGGAGUUUCUCUCAGUUGAUGGGUUCCGGAGACGUCGUCGGUCUUGAUAUGGCGGAGAGCUUUAUCUACCCAUCUUCUUUUCCCACCGUAAACCCUCCUAAGAUGUUGUGUUUUGGUAAUGCAUGCAACCAAGGGGUUGGGGAAAGAGGGUUUUCUGAUCAGGGGAUGGUUGCCCAGAAGUCUGGAAUCACCGGUAGUGAUUCUUCCUCUGCUUCUUCCAGUAAUAACAGCAGUAGCAGUAGCUUGUCCAGGUCGAAGAAACCCGAAAGUGGAGAAGUAAAGACUGAGCAGAAAAAGCGAAAUGGGUCGGCUCCAGCGUCAGCUCCUCGCUUGAACUCAACCUCAGAAGCUCCAAAUGAGAAUCGUAAAACAUAUAAAAGGACUAAAACGGAAAACUUGGCUUCGACUCGCCCUACAAAGGCGAAAAAGGAAAAGCUUGGAGAACGAAUUACAGCAUUACAGCAACUUGUUUCUCCAUUUGGCAAGACAGAUACGGCCUCCGUUCUUCACGAAGCGAUGGGAUAUAUCAAAUUUCUGCAUGACCAAGUUCAGGUUUUGAGUUCUCCUUAUUUGCAAAGACUGCCGUCAUCUUCUCAUCAUCUGCAUGAAGGAAGAGAAAACGAAGACGACGAAUCGAGAUAUGAUCUGAGGAGCAGGGGCCUUUGCCUGGUACCAGUUGCAUGCACCGUACACGUGGCGGACAGUAAUGGCGCUGAUUUCUGGUCACCUGCCAUGGGAAGCAGUAACACCAAGCACUGAAUCAAACUCUUUAUUUCUUUUUCUUUUUCCUUCUUUUUUUUUUUCUGUUAUUUUCAUGGGUGCCUCUACUUCAUUUUUUUUUUGAAACGUAAACAGAAGCAUUUCUUCAUGUUAAAAGAAGGCAAGAAAAAGCAAGGAAGAAAGAAGCAGCAGAGGUGUAUAUGCAUCUACCAUGAAAGCUUACAGAGUGGUUUUCUGUUUUCUUUUUUCUCAUUUGUACUCUGUUCGUCCUAAAAAUUGCUGAUGCUGAGCCACUGGCUCACACAGUCACACCUGUUACGUUUCACCACUCCUUGUUAUGAACGUGUUCUACGAACCAGCCAAUUUGAGACCAGACUUUUCUGUAUUCUCCGUUGGUUUUUGUUUUGGUUGUCAAUGUUCCUUUAUUUUAUUAACUUCAUCGAACGGCGUGAGAUGUGGUUGACCGACGGAGCACAGAUUGGACGGUGGGAUUACCUAGAAGACAAGACGAUUAGUCUGGUCGAACGUGGAAGCAUCACAAUUUGGGUUGGGGCUGGAGUGGGGUGAUUGUGAUUUGCUUUCAUCAGUCUAUCACCUAUUCACACAGUUGGGGCUGAGAGAAGGGACGGAGGGACGGCCGAAAAAAAGUCUUCGGGUGCUUAGUAGUUGUCUGCAUUGAUGGGCUUUGUCACCUUUUGACUUGUAAGUUUCAUAUUUGUUAAGAGGACGUUGUAGUGGGCCCCUUGGCUGAGAAUUGAUCCCUAUUCCAUUUUGGGUCGAAGACAAUUAAACAGCAAGUCCAAACCCAGAGCCCACAAUGAAGUCCUUCCGUUUUUGUUUUGCUAUGUAGAUGUAGCAAGGCUGUAAGGCUGUAAGGGGAGGGUGGAAAAGAGUAGUUUUCGCUUCACAUUAGAAAGGACAAAAAUUGAAGCUGACGUUACUUGCUACCAUGACAUUAAAAGCUUUUCUCCUUCUAUCUGUAACUACAUAUUGAAUGACGUCUUCAAGUGAAUUUGGAUAGUUGUAAUUG